GCGAGGGGGGAGAGGGACACGGGGAGGCGACUGGAGGCGCGCGUCGCGCAUGGCGACUCCGCGUCCUCGCUGCCCUCCGAGUUGCCCUCGGACUCGCGCCGCGCUCGUGUCACGCGUGUAACGCACUCACACACGCGCGCACACGUACACACGCACACACGUACACACGCGUGUCACACGCACCUACAGCGAGAGAGAGACGCCGCUGCGAGCAUGAGCUGGGGCUCGCGCGCGGCCGCAGUCGGCGGGGACCCGGGGCCCCAUCCCGGACGAGCAGCCUCGAGUCGCUGAGCAGGACGAGAGAGAGAGACGCGCAGGCGGAGAGAGACUCAGGCGGAGAGAGACGCAGACGCGAGAGAGACUCCGGCGAGAGAGAGACGCAGACGAGAGAGACGCAGGAGGAGAGAGACUCGAGAGAGAGACUCGAGAGAGAGAGAGGCGAGAGAGACGCAGACGAGAGAGAGAGAGGCGAGCUUAGCGAAGCGCCACGGCGAUUGCGGAGCGGCGCGAGGGAGCUGCACGGGCGACGCGGAGCGGGCUCGUUCACCCGGGCCGCGCUGCCUGACCAGACCGCCGAUGAUGAUGCUGCCCUGCCCGGCAACUUCCACCCCGUUCUCGGUGAAAGACAUCCUCAACCUCGAACAUCAGCAUCAGCAACAUCACCAUCAGCAACAUCACCAUCAGCAGCAGCUGCCGUUCAACCUCGCUCAAUCAUCGUGCAUGAUGAUGCUCCACCAUCAGCAACAACAACAGCAGCAGCAGCAUCAUCAACAUCAUCAUCAGCAGCAACCAAGGUCCAUUCACGUUCUGCACCCAGACGAUGAGGUGGAGGAUGAGGAGGAGCAGGAAGACGAUGAAGACGAUGAGGACGAUGAGGACGAUGAUGACGAUGACGCCGCCGCGGUGCUGAUGAUGACGGCGGCGGCUGCGGCGGCGCGGGGCCGCGGGGGGGAGGAGGAGGCGGCCGUGCUGCCCCCGGCCCGGCGCGCGGCCUGCGGCGGCCUCCACACGACCGCCGGGGGGGCUGCCGGAGGGGGGGCCCCCGGGGGGGGGUUCGAGUCCGGCUCGCGGUGCGGCGCGGAGCGCGCGGGGGAGGCGCCGCUGCUGGGCGCCGAGGAAGCCGCCGAAGUGACCCCCUGCGUGCUAGCGGACCCCGUCUCCGCCAGCCUCGCGAAGCCCCCCGCGGCGGGGGGGGAGCGGAGUCCCUGCGCCGAGUCGGGGGUGGGGGCGCACGAGCCGGCCACCGCCGCCACCCUCGGCACGACCGCCACCAACAACAACAACAACGCCACCAACAACAACAACGCCGCCGCCACUGCGGCGGCCACCGCCACCUCGUCGUCCUCCUCCUCGUCAUCCGCCUCGUCGCUGGGAGCGCGGCCGCGUCAGCGCCGCAAGCCGCGGGUGCUCUUCUCGCAGGCGCAGGUGUUCGAGCUGGAGCGGCGCUUCAAGCAGCAGCGCUACCUCUCGGCGCCCGAGCGCGAGCACCUCGCCUCACUCCUCAAGCUCACCUCCACGCAGGUGAAGAUUUGGUUUCAGAAUCGACGCUACAAGUGCAAGCGCCAGAGGCAGGACCGCAGCCUGGAGCUGCACCAGUGCGGCCCGUUGCCCCCGCGCCGCGUGGCCGUGCCUGUGCUCGUGAGGGACGGGAGGCCCUGCCUGCCCGCGGGGGGGUCCCAGCACGGGGGGGCGGCCGCGGCGGCGGCGGCCGCGGCGGCCGCGGCGGCGGCGGCGGCCGCGGCGUACAACGCGACCUCCGUGUCGUCCCCCCCCUACGGGGCCUACCACAGCUCCUACGGCGGCUUCUCCUGCGGGGGCUUCUCCCCGGGGCCGGCCCCCCACCACGGGGGGUACGGGGGGGCCGGGGUCGCGGCGGCCUACGGGACCCCCUCCGCCAUGAACACGGCCGCGUUCAUGAACGUGAAUCUGCAGAGCCUCAUGAACGGCGGCGGGGGGGCGGCCGCGGGGGUCGCCGGGGCCACGGGGAUGGGGGGCGCUGACGUCAUCUCCACGCUCGAUCCGCUGCUGGCUGAAGCGCAGGAACCCAACUCGUGGAACCCGUGGUGUGCCGUCGAUGAGUUUGGCGCGCGCGGUGAGCGGGAGGCGAGGUGGUGA